CAUGAGUCUAAGCAUUCAACUCUUUUAUUAGCCUUCUCUGACAGCAUCCUACCUCCGAAACAAUCGUUUCAUGUCCGCCUAUGAUUUUACACUCAUAUUCCCCUCCAUUCCACUUUCCUUUGGAAUCUCGAGUGAUUUGGCUGCAGGAUGGUCCAAAUUGGUUUACGAGUAAGUGCUAAUGAACAAGACUCAACAAAAGAUUGAAGUUGAAAUCUAAGGCUUGACUGAGAAGGAAGCCUUUGUGGUUGAACAAUGCGUUAAAUUACUAUUUGGUUUCAAAAUUGAUUUUUGCAUUCAAGACGUCUGGCAAGCCUUGAAGGUAUGCGACAUUAUUGGGAUAACCCAAUCGCCAUAAAUCGAAGGUGUUACAGUCCAAGAAUAACUGUUAUCAUUCGCAUUGUAACACAUUCAAUAAAUCAAUCUAAUUGAAGGCUUAGAUUAUGCACAGCAACUAUUGGAAGUUGGAGGGGAAGGACUCUUGGUGCAUCGAACUGACAUCAGAUUACUGAGCCAAUAAUUGGUGGACAAAAUUAGAGAAGCCAUUAUUUCAAGCAAAUUCGAAAUACUUACCAAUUAUGCUCACAAUUAAGAACAAAGCAUCGAUAGCCAAACUAUUAAUAAUAAUAAUAAAUUCCUAUUGAAAGAUUUGAAGAGAGAGCACUACAUCCAAUUGAGAACUCUCUUUUACAACUUUGUCAACCAAUAAAAUACAGAGUUGACUGCCAAUCAGAACAUUGUUAAGAUCUUAUUCGAAGAAUUAGAUCAACAGUUUGAAUUAGACAGCUACAUCAACAAGUAUUUUGAAGAGGUCACCUCUAAGAUGUAGGCCAUAGACAUAUCUGUUAAUAAAAUGGAUAAGAAGUACGAAGCUCAAUUGACUAAAUUGAAUGAAUUCAUCACCUAAGAAUUUGAAAGUCUCAAAAGGGAAAACAAGAUGCUAAAAAACCAAUUAUACUUUGCUCAUAGAAGAAUUGAAUAGCUACAGAAUCCUAGGAUCAUCUGCCAAUAUCAAAUGAAUCUUUUUUGCUUCUCCAAUGGGAUCAUUAAGUAUAAGAACAGUGGCGUCAUUCAUACAGAGAACAUGGAUAGUUACAUAAUCAAUUGCAUUGUAAAACAAACGGACAAUACCAUCGCAGUAGGAAUGCAAGGGGGAGACAUUCUCUUAUACAACAAGCAUUUGGAGAUUAUAACCACUCUUAAAUUGUCAUCGGUUAUACAAAUUUAAAAUGCUUAUCAUGUUAUCUGCAUGCAUGUAUAUGUAAGUGCUAUUAAAUUAAAUUUAGAAUAAUUAUUUAAUUUCUUCGUAUUCCAAUAAUGUAUACUGCGUUUGGUGGAAUUAGAAAUCCAUCUUUUAUGAGUAGAUGGAAUAAUAGGUAAGUGCGAUUUUUAGCAAUCCUUUAAUGGGCAAUUUCAUUCUUCUGGGUUCUGUCGAUGGUACAAUCCAUUUUAUCUACCUAAAUGAAUCUAAACCAUAAUUGUAAGCAGAUCAUAUUAAAAAACUCAAAAAUUCAAAUAAUGAGGUGUUGAAAUUAGAAAUUAUUCCUCAGAAUAAUGAUCUAUUAGUAUCAGUGCACACUGAUCAAUUGAUAUGUAUUUGGAAUUGGGAAUCAGAAAAUGUGAUACAAGUGGUUAAGAUUGAAUCAUAGAUAUAAGAUAUAUCGAUAUUUUUGGAUCCAAAAGAUUAGAAGAUUUUGAGAGUCUUGUUAUAGAAUGGCUAUCUGAACGAAUACAAUUUGGAUUAAUAAAAUCAACUAAUAGAAUCUAUUUACAUUGAUAAUAAGCCAUUCUAAUUGGUAGGGGAACAAUGCUUGACAUAUGAUGGGAAGAUCAAAAAGAUAAAGAAUGGGCCCUUAAAUUAGUGUAACUAUCAUCUGCAACACCAAUCUACUUAUUUUCAUCAUCAGGAUAAUUGUGUAUAUGGACUGUUGUUAAUAAACUACCCUUAUGUGGCAUCUUCGGGCGAUGACAAGACCUUAGUCAUUUUCAACUUGAAGUCUUAAGAAAAGUUGGUGUUGAGAGGACAUCAAAGUUACAUCAAGGCAAUAGGGUUGUUGCAAGAAAAUAAACACAUAAUAUCAGGGAGUUACGACACAACAAUUAAGAUUUGGGAAAUAUCAACAGGGAUUUGUUAAAAUACGUUAAAUGGACAUACAAAACCUGUUUUAUGUCUAUAAGUGUUGUACCAGACUUAAUAGAUCGUAGUGAGUGGAGGAGAGGAUGGAGCGAUAAGGGCAUGGAAUUGGAAGACAGCUAUUUGCAUAUGGAAGGUAGAAAGUAAAUUAGAAAUAUGGUCGCUUUUAGCAAUAUAGGAACAUUGCACAAUAUUAAGUGGAAAUAAGUAAAUAAACAAUAUUAUGCUUAUAGAGAUGGGUCAAUCAGGGUUAUAAGUACAGGCGCAGCUGGGGAAAAGAGUCAAACCAUAGCUGAGUUGAAGAUUCACAAACAGUAUGUUAAUUGUAUGAUACAAUUGAAAGGUUCCAUAAUAGCAAGUGGUUCAUCUGAUGCUACAAUAUAAAUUACCAAUUUUUAUACAGGGGAGAUUUUAAAGACUCUGACUGGACAUUCAAAUAUUGUUUGGUCAAUUCAAAUGAUUGAUGAUGACACCAUUGCCUCAUCCAGCACAGAAGGCAAGAUUAAAAUAUGGAAUUGGAAAGAGAGUCUUUGUUUGAAUAGUUAGGUUGUAGGUAAAGGCUCAAUCUAUGUGUUGUUGAAGUUGCCGUUUACAAAUAAGAUGAUUGGGGGUACUGCUUAAGGAGACAUACUCCAAUGGAAAAUCUGUAAAGAAGAAUAAAAAUUAAUAUGAUUGUUUAUAAAAGU